AUGGCACAACCCCGCGGGGAAAACACCUUCUCUUUCCAAAAUCUUUUGAAGAUGCUUGUGGCGCCAAAUUCCUCCACGAUGCCAGCCCAUGGCGAUGCGGACCUGGCUGAAGAUGUGGACGAGCCUCCUGAACCGCGUCUCAUUCACGAAUCCUCCUCACAACACCAAGGCCACCCAACUCUCGUGCAGCCCUCGAUCCCACAUCACAAGGAAGCUACCUCGCUACUUACACGCGCUCUGAAGAGUAGCCCGGAAACCUCUCCCACCGAGCGAUACUCAUCCUUCCAUGACUCCGCCUACACCUACCGUUCAUACCCGCACAGCAAUAUCAGUGGUAUCUCCACCGCAGAGCUGACCAGCGAUGGUGGACUGACCAGCCCUUCCCUCUCUAACACCCCAAGCCCACCUUUGCCCCCCCAGAUAAUGGGGAAUACUGCUCCGUUGCACGGCAAGAGAAAUGGAAGUACGAGAAUUAUGAUCGCCAGUGGCGACGAACCCACCGUCGAGGCCAACCUGGGUCGUAAGCGAUGCAUCAGCUUCGCAUGCGGUCGCCAAACAGCCACUACCAACCCCUCUAAGCCGACUUCGUCCAACUGUCCUUCCGGUCCGGAUCAGAGUCCACUUGAGCCUCCGAAGCGAAAGACUACUCUCACUUUUGCCUGCGCCGAUUACAAAGCAUCUCCUGCCCGGGAGCGCUCGCAGACUCGAAAGGUUUCCUUCCGACCUCGUUGCCGUGGCUCCCCAGCUCCCGUGGCUCGCAAGUCUUCUCCGGAGCAGACCGAGGGGCCUCAGGCAAAACAGCAACCCAGCAAGGAGAACACCCUACUUCCCAAGAGUACUUCUCAGGCUGUCACCACAAGCGGACUAGGCAAAUUCGAGGAGUCCGAAGCUACCCGAUUCCAUGAAUUUGCCAGCUCGGUUGACGAGGACGAUGAAUGGGUCAUCAAGUCAACUGACCAUCUCUCCAAGAAAAUCACUCUCAAUGACUGCAUGCAGAAAGAGUUUGCGAUUCGCAAACUUGCACAAGAAGCCGAGGAGGAGGCAUUGGAUGAAGAGGAUGACGAAGAUGAGGAUAACGACGACGAAGACGAGGAGGAUGACGGUGAAGACACUGAAGAACUUGCUGAUGACGAUUCUACUGUGCACUUCUCUGACGACGAUGGCAACGAGUCCGAUAAUGAGGCAGGAUUCGCCGACUCCGACGACAGCGACGACGGCGGUUCAGAGUAUGAAUUUUGGGCCCCCUCAGCCGUGAUUCCGGAACCCAGCAGCCAGCCUCUUGACAUUGUUCCUCCGACGAUGGAACGCCGUGCCUCGAACACUUCCUUCGACUCGAUGACUGAUGACCAUCAUCCGAAGUGGUUGCCUGCACCUGUGCGGAAGACUGGCCCUCGACCUUCUAAGGCGCGCAAGAUCAUGCGGCCCGGUACCCCUACUCUCCCCGAUGGCACUGACUUUGUCUGCGGUACCCUUGACGAAGAUCGGCCCAUGGAAGCUGCGUACAAGUCCUGUCUGGAACAACGGCGCCUGUCGAAGCAAAUUCUCAUUCCUCAAGAUAUCGAUCCUAGCUUUCCAACUAGUGACCCAGAGGAUGAUGACGAUGACCUUGAAGACAUCUCGCACGGUGAUUUCGACGACUUCGUGUUCGAGCCUUCCCGUGGUCGCGCAGAGGACUCGUCUCGCAAGCCCUCACCUCGACACUCUCCGAAGCGGAUGACGUCGCCUCCGCCCCGUCGUGCAGGCCGAGUUUCUCCCAAGCGCUUCAAGUCUCCUCCACCACGCUCUCGGGCCUGUCGAGCCAAGUCUCCCUCGCCUUGCAAACGAGCAAGUAUCUCCAACGAAUUACCCGUCCUGGAAUCUUCAUCGCCUCAGGGGCUGAAUAUCAGCCACCUGGUCCAACGUCCCCAUCUGGCACGUACCAAGUCACUACCUCGCACGCCCAAUCCUUUCUUCACUCGCCUGGAAAAGUCUCGCACUUGGCAAAACAUUCCUGCUCUGUCCGAGUCGCCUGAGUUGGACCGCUCGAACCUGCGUGAGAUGCAUGCUCGAGGACCUAUUGACAUUGUUGAGGGCCUUGAGCAAAAGCGUCAGAAGCGCAAAGAAAAGUACUGGCGUCAACAUUGCCGAAAGGCCGCCAAAGAGCAACUGAGCCGACGACCCAUCCCCGGUAAGGGAGCUGAGAGGAUGAAGGAACUUGGCUUAGAAGUUGCCGAGAGGUGCAGAGCGUAUGGCGUCGCUCAAGACACUCAGCUUGUCCUCUCCGUCUAG